GGAUUGUAAAUUUCAUUAAUAACCGAUAUAAUAAGUUUUCUUCCUUCUUUUUCAUUUUCCCAACUCUUUUCUUCCUGGGUUUAUGGUGGAUAAUUGAGUUAGUAUCAGUUUUUGUUCAUCACUUUUGGUUAAUCAUUUUUGUUCUUUUUUGCCAGUAACUACUUAUUACUUCUACUUCACAACGAAACUCCUUAUUCAACUAGCUUUUUGUUACAGCUUCCGCAAAGUCUGCUCUUCCCAAAAGCUUCAGCACGAAUUUUAAAAACCAUCAAGUAUUGAAAGAAUCCUUUUUUUGUUCUUCUUACUAUUAUUAUUAUCAUUUUCACUUAAUAUUUAGAUAUAAGAAAACCAGUUUAAAAGAAUGGAGUAUAAUGGUAAUUGGCUUAAUGCUAACAAGUCCAUUCCUCUUCCAACUGAAGAUUUUGAUCAAUACUUCUCUCAUUAUAAUGAAAUUGAUGAUCUUUUCAAUGAAACAUUAACCGGAUUACAAGACUUAGAUGUUCCUUCGGGAUUUGCCCAUCUUGACUCAAAGCAAAACAAUAAUUUAAUUCUUGAUGCUUCAAAUAAUUUACCUUAUUCUUCAACUUCGAGUUCAUCUCAUAGAGCUCAACAUUCUCAAAGUGCAUCUCCUCAAUCAAAACAUUCAAGAAAAACUAGUGGGACCGCUAUUUUCGGAUUUGCUGAACAUAAUAGUGAGUUCUCUCUCAAUGGUAUUACAUUAGAUUUGAAUAAGUCAGUUAAACCAAGUGUGGAUUUAUCUAAAUCAGUAAUGCCUGGAGAAUUAUUGAAAACUUUAAAUAACCCUCAAACAAAACUUCAACAAUCUUCUCCAAAUCAUAAAGCAAGCAACUCUCAAUUAGAUUUUAAUUUUUCAAACAAUCAUUUUGAAAAUUCUCCUAAAAAAAUUCAUUUAAAAGAAGAAGAUGAAUAUGAAGAUGAAAUUAAAGAACAAAAAAAAUUAGGCUCUCCUUUGAAACAACAACCUAAAAAUGAAGAUUAUAUUGUAACUAAUCAGAAUCCAGUUUCUUAUAAAUUUCCUCCUUCUCCUCCUCCUCCUUCUUCGUCUCAAAACUUGCCUCCUUCUGCUCAAUCUCUUCAUUCAAAUUCCAGCAAUCGCUCGGUUAAUAGUUAUUCGGUGAAAUAUUUAAAAGAACUUACUCGCUUUAAUGGUUGGAAUUCUGCUGGUUCCAAAAAUUCAAGUGGUUCUCAACAACAACUUCAACCUCCGGUAACCUAUGUUGAUGAUAUUGAACCUCUCUUGAAUGAUGAUCUUUAUCCUGAACCAAUUCAAUCCCCUUUCCAACAAAAAUCAUCUAAUAAUAACCAAGAUAUGUUACCAAAUCAAUCAACUCCUUUUAAAAAUAAUCAAUCAUCUCUUCAACCAAAUCAAGAAUUGAAAUUUGUUCCAAUUCCAGUUCAAAAUCCAACAGAUUUUGGUAAAAGAAAUGAUUUUAAUUCAAAACAAAUACCAGAUAUUAACUUGAAAAAUUCUGAAAGUUUAUUUUUACCUCCUCCCUCUCCUCCAAUGUUAUCAAAUGGUUCUCCAGAAUGGCAAUCUUCUCCUGAACCUCAAUCUCCUUCUCCUUCGAGAGUUACUUUAAAUCAAGGUUAUUACAGUAAUACAAGUACUAUCAGAUCAAACGCUUCCCAAUUCUUAUCCCCUCCUGGUAAUCAAAAUAAUAGAAAUAGUAAAAAUUUUUAUAACCCUCAAUACUUUUCCGAUAGUAUUUAUGAAAAUGAAGGAGGUUCUUCGAAUAAUAUGGCAUUUCAACAACAAUCUAGUUUGCAAUUUCAAAAUCAAUCUUCUCCUGCUUAUCCAGGUUCUUUAAAUUCUUCACCAGUAAGAUUCAAUUCUUCUCCUUUAAGAAAUGUUCACACAACUAAUGACGAUACGGUCGAUGCUAACGCUACAAUUACUCAAUUAACUCCUUUGAAAAACCAACUUCCAAAUACUCCUAAUCGUAGUAAAAUAAAAUUAGAAUGGAGUCCUAUUAUUUCUCCGAAUGCUAAAUCGUCAACUGAUGUUAGAAAAGCAAUCCAACAAUCAUCUCCUCGUCGUAAAAUAAAGAAAACUUCUUUAUUACCUCCUGGAGAACUAGAUCAAUAUUGGGAGGGCCCGGAUGAAAAUAAAAUCUUCACUUGUACUUAUAAAAAUUGUGGUAAAAAAUUUACUAGACGUUAUAACGUUCGUUCUCAUAUUCAAACUCAUUUAAGUGAUAGACCAUUUGGUUGUUCUUAUUGUCCAAAGAAAUUUGUUAGGCAACAUGAUCUAAAUCGUCACGUCAAAGGUCAUUUGGAAGCAAGACAUUGUCAAUGUCCUUGUGGUAAAGAAUUUGCUAGAUUGGAUGCUAUGAGAAAGCAUAGGGCUAGAAAUAUCUGUUCUGGUGGAAUUGCAAAUUCUGAAAAUAAUUGCAUAACAAAACCUCAAAAAAGUCGAAAAGGUGUUGCAAGUCCUGAGCUCUUGAAUGAAUUCACUACAGAUAAACUUAGUGACGACCUAAAUUCAGCAUUAAAUGAACACCAAGGACUCCAACAGCAGUUCCAACCUCACCAAUUUUAAUAAUUCCCUUAAUGAUUUCUUACCCACAUGCUAUGGUUUAGCUUUUUUUUUGGCCUUUUUGACUUCCAUUCUUAUCUUCCCUUUGUUAUGACCUAUUGCCUUUCAUUUUGUCUUUGUUUUGUUUUAUCGUUUAAUAAUGUUUUGUUUUAUCUUCCAUCGUUUCAACUUGUUUUUCUUUUCGGUUCUUG